AUGGAGACGACCGCAAAUCGUCUUCCGUGCGCCACUUGUCGACGCCGUAAAGUCCGUUGCUCCAAAACUCAACCUUGUACAAACUGUGCUCGGACCGGGAUUGAUUGCUACUAUGAAUCAAACUCAUCAGGAGAUGCAGGUCCUGUCAAUACGGAUCUUAUGGAGAGAUUACUGCACCUGCAAGAUUCAAUCCAAAGGCUCACGAAAGUCCCCGAUAAUAGCACUCAGGCCCAUCGCGAUGAUCCUGUUGAAAUCAUUAAACCCAUCAACGGGGGUAGGGUGGCAGGAAGCUCCGAGGGACAGUCGGGUUUGGAAAAUAUCAUCAAAAUGAUGGAAGACUCUUUACAAGGAUUAAAUAGCGCCAAUGGUCGAGAAAAACAGCCAUCCCAUACUGGAAAGCUAUGUUUCCGUGAUGCACAAGCGAGGUACAUCAGAGAAACAUUCUGGGCUGGUCUUUAUGAAGAGGUGGAAAAUCUUACUUUUUUAUUGGACAAGGCUAGUCCUGGUCAAAUAUUACACGAUACUUCCUCACUUUUCGCCAACCAUGAACAAUCUCUCGACUUUAGCAUGAAAACGAUUUCCAGAAAAAUGUCCGAUUUCCUCAUUGAUCAAUUUUUAUCUAAUGUCGAUCCAUUUAUUCGCCUCUUCCACAAACCACGCUUCAAUUUAGACUUGGAACAAUUCUAUCGCCAGGAAGAAUCAUUUGCAUCCCAUCGAGGAGAUUUCGAAACGCUUCUUUUUUCUAUAUAUGCAUUUUCCGCAUAUUCGCUGCAUGACGGAGAUAUUCUAGUCUAUUUUGGUGAGCCCAAAGAUAUUAUAGUCGGCCAGUUUGUCGCCGCAACUCAGAAGGCUCUUGAGAGAAUCAACAUUCUUUCUACCCACUCCUUGACGGCGCUCACGGCAUUCUCUUUGUACAUUACACUGCUGUCUGAAAUAGACAGUUCGAAUCUAGAGUGGACGUCACUGAGUGGCCUUUCUCUAAGCAUAGCAACUCGUCUGGGCCUCCACAAGGAUGGAGAACAAUUCAGUCUCAAUCCCUAUGCUGUCGAAAUACGCCGUCGACUAUGGCAUCACCUCUGUCUGAUCAACGUGCGAGCUCUCCAAGUCCACGGUAUUGAGCUGUUUCCUGUUUCAGCCUUUCGACACGGUGCCACGAAGCUCCCACAAAACUCGCCGGAUAAUGCUUGGGAUGCGUGCGAGUUUAGCCGCAGGUUGCCUGCCGCGGUGUCUGGCUGGACUGAAAUGGCACCAGCUCUGGUCUCUUUCGAACUAUCCACCCUAACGCGGACCAUACUUGAAAUUGGCAUACCAGAACAUGGCUCUGAGCAUUCGUACCUAGCCAACUGCGAUCAGCUAUUGUUGGAUGCAAAAUCACGGAUUGGGGCUUGUUACUCGCUAAACGCUUUGGACGAACCGAUACAAAAAAUUACGAAAGACUUGAUCGUUCUUAACCUCCAGAACCUCUGGUUUAUCGCGCGACAGUAUCUAUUAAAACACCGAGAGUGGGCAACGAAUGAACUACGCACGGAACUGUUUCAAAAAGCACUUCAUAUUUCCGAAAUUACCCAAUCUCUUCAAAAGCAAUAUGUUGGGCAGCACUGGGACUGGGUGUUCCGCAGUUUCCACGAAAGUACCAAAUGGCAUUUUGCAUCAACAAUUUUGAUAUACUUACGCCAUAACACGGAACAAGAAGACCCAGAGGUACAGCGUGCAUGGAAUCAAAUAAACAUUAUCUUCAGUGAGAGGAAAGAUGAUCAAGGUGCAUUAUGGAAACCGCUUCUUGCUCUCAAACGCGAGGCUGAACUUCGCCGUGCUGAAGCUAUGGUAGAAGGAAAUGGAAAUUUGCUGACAAAUAGUGGUUCUGGGUUGUGGGAAGCGCAGUCAGUUUCAACUCUACAUGGGAUAGAUCCCAUGUUUGCUCAAUUUGGGGACCCCGGACUUCCUUUGAGCCCAGACUCGAAUAUACUUGGUGAAUUUUAUAACCCGAUGCUAGGCGACUAUAGCCAGCCAGGGUAA